UUUUUGUUACCUGCAGGAUUAUUCGUUGUUUGAAUGCCUAUUGGGCGGCACGGUGUUGCAGUGGUUAGCACGGUCGCCUCACAGCAAGAAGGUCCUGGGUUCAAGACCCGGGGUAGUCCAACUUUGGGGGUUGUCCUGGGUCAUCCUCUGUGUGGAGUUUGCAUGUUCUCCCCGUGUCUGCAUGGGUUUUCUCCUGGUGCCUUGGUUUUCUCCCACAGUCCGAAGACAUGCAGUGUGUGUUGUCUUCCUGGGGAAGUUUUACCAGUCAUUGGUGGAUGACAAAGUAAAGUUCAACAGUGCAGACAUUGAGAAGGCCAUCAUGAAGACCUGCAAAGAUGCCAAGGGCAAAGAUAAUCGCUUUUGUUACUACAUUGGUGCGACAAGUGAUGCCGCCACCAAGAUAAUUAAUGAGGUAUCAAGACCACUCAGCUACCAUGUCCCAGUGGAGAAGAUCUGCGAGAAACUUAAGAAGAAGGACAGCCAGAUCUGUGAACUGAAAUACGACAAGCAGUUGGACCUGAGCACAGUGGACCUUAAGAAACUCAAGGUGAAAGACCUGAAGAAGAUUCUGGAAGAGUGGGGGGAGUCCUGUAAAGGCUGUGCUGAAAAGUCUGACUUCAUCCGCAAAAUCACCGAGCUCAUGCCCAUGUAUGCUCCAACAGCUGCCAAAGCACGGACAGAUCUGUAAUGGAGAAAACCCAGGAUGGAAAAAAAAUAACACAAUCUCACAACUUUGGACUUGGACCAGACUGCAAUCUGGAAAGAAAGGGUGGAUGUUUUUGUUUGUUAUCUUUGUAAGUUUUCUGUUGGUGUACACUCAUCUUCUGUCCUGGAUGGAUUCUAAGACAUAGGGAUUGGCAUAUUUAUGUCGUUAGUCGUAUGCUAGGUUUUCAAAUCAAGUAUAAGGGGAAUGAACUAAGUGUUCAAAAUAGCAUGGAAAGCCGGGGUGGAAUCCACAGCGUGAAUGCAAGCAAAAGAUACAGGAAAAUACAUCAUAUGUCAUGGGAGUCCAACAUUUGGUAUAAAGUUUUGACUCAGCUGGUCAGUUUCUUUCAAGCCAAAUGAGUCAGAAAAUACUGUCUUGCCAUGUUCCUGGUAAACUUUAAGAUCAUAAUUUAGCUAUUCCACCCACAACCACCAUCCAACCCUAACCCCUUAAACUUUUCCCAUCUGCCCACCAAUUCUAUAGUCCCUCAUUUCCAUACUCUGUUUAGCAGGGCAUGAAUGGUUCACUGGACUCCAUGAUAGUGAAUGCAUAUGGAUUCUGAUCCAUAACGGAGAGGGGGCAUUCUAUAAGCUCUCUGACUCAUAAUUUUAGAUAUGGAUGCAAUUGGUGCAUCUUCAAGGUCAUCUCUGGUUUUGCUGUGUUUUAUGUGAGCCACUUAGCAGUGUGUUCAAUGCCAUCAGUAGGUCUGAGGUGGAAUUGGAAGUGACUGCUUUCCAAUGCAGGGGCUGAGUGAGUUAUGUCACAAAAUUGCCUACACUGCCUUGCAGAAACACAAUCUGUUUUUUUUUUAUUUCAACCUCUAAAAUGUUCUUUCCAAUCUGUAGCUAACUGUUUCCCAUAUUACAGUAGAUGUUUCAUGAUCCAAAGAUGAGCAAACUCAAAUGCAAACAUGUUUUGAUUUGCAUUUAGAAAUAAUAAAACAAAAAUCAAGCAGGUUCUUCCUGUUACUUAGAAUAUUGUGGAUUUUGAGAUAAAAUAUUUGCAGGACACAGAUGAUAUAUGAUUUAACCAACUACUUUAUAUUUACUUGAAUGAAGGCGGGCCUAAACACGAUAAGUUCAUGCUGACUGGUAAAGUAUUAACCUUUUGUCUAUGCAUGUUCAAGGUGUGUUGUUGCAAAACUCAUUUCAGAUUUAUAUUACAUGGCACAUGCUCUGCAGAUUACCCCCCCCCUGCCCCAAAAAUUAAUGUCAGAUUAGUCUGUGUUUUAAUACACAUGCUUGUACUGGCUGGUAAUAAGGAGCAACAUGGUAAAUCCAAUGUAUCCCUACAUAAGACAUAAUGGCCAGGGCCUUGAAUCAAACUUCGACCAACUUCUGAUGGUCCGUGGUUAAAUUUCAAACAAGAAGCGGGGGCUCUGAAGGGUACCAUAGAGAGAGCAAAGAGUGAGUACACUUAUAUUAAGAUUUUGUGUAAUAGUUUAUGGGUGAAUAACAGUUUUGAAGGCCUACCAAAUUUCAAAUCGGGUUAAGAAAUGUGCCAUUUUUGUUGCCCACCUCAAUGUUAUUUCUAAUGGUAAAUUACGGUUUUUGUGUUUUUUGGUUUGUUUGUUUUGUUUAUUUCCAUCCUAUCACAUCCUUGAGGGUUAAUUUGCCCUAUAACUUGUUUACUGUUGUGAACAUUGUGCCUCUCUGAGAGCACAUCACCUCUUGUUACCUUGCCUCCAAAGCCACCAAAAAUUGGGGUCAAUUCACUUGCGACAUCAUCCAAGUUGUACACUACAUACUACUUGUGCCCUGGAAAUUUAGGUUUCAAGUUGGGCUUUUCAAAUGUUGAAAAACUUUUUGCAUGAAAGCUUUUCAUUUAAAGUCCCUAAUGAUUGGAGGUAAUUUCUUGUCAUCAUUCAACAAGUCACCAUUCAGUUUUACCUGUCAAGAUUGAAUUGAAACUGAAUUGACCCCCCUUCUCCCAAUACUGAAUUCCACCCCCUUACUGUAUGAUUGUUCAGAAGGGAUAUUGUGUAUAAUAUAUAGAUUAUAUAUAAUGUUUUUUGUGAAAGAAAGUGUGUACUUGAGUAGAUGGCAACAGAAGUGUGAUGCUUGUCUUGAUGCCACAAAUAUCAAGGCUAAAAUUUUAUUUCACCUUGAUGUUUCUUGAAAGGCCUCAUAUUUUAUUUGAAAGGCCUCAUAGUUUAUUACAACUGUGCUACUACUACUCAACUUUUUCAUUAAAAUAGGUAUGAAAACCUU